AUGGCAAGCAUGGCUCUAACCACCACCUUCUUCAAGUUCCAAACCUCAAGAGCAAUCAUCGUGCGCAGGCCUUGGAGUUUCGUAGGUGUUGCACCAAUUAAGCCUUUCCAGGCAACUAGGCGGCGUGCGACAACUGCUGCAUACGAACAGGCAGCCGAUGCAGCAAGACAAGGCAGCAAAGCAGCCAAACAAGGAACUGAGGCGGCCAAGGAAGCCGGCCAAGAAAUGAAACACGCGGCCGUUUCUAACGCAGAGGAUAAAACCAAGAAUGUGGCCGGAAAGGUGGCCGAAGCUUCAAAAGACAUGAGUGAUAAAGCGAAGCAGACGGCACAAGAAGCCUGGGACUCGGUCAAGGACACCACUCAAAAAAUCAAAGAGACGGUGGUUGGCAAGGCCGAAGAAGCCAAGGAGUCCGCAAAACACAAUGCUGAGAAAGUCGAGCGCAGCAUGAACACCAAAAAUUAA